UGGAAAGCGAGAUGAUGUCAUUUUGUCACUUUCACCAUCAACACUGGAGAGGAGAACACCUUGGGAGCUCUUGGACUAGCUGGAAAUACAAUCCCGAGUGACGGAGCUCAUCAGAGACAACAGCAAUGUGCAGCCUGGCUUUCCUCAUCAUGUCCGCCUGCACCUUGAUCGGGGGUCUCUCAGUCUGCUGCCCUCAAAGAAGAUACCACGUCGUCAGAGAUGUAAUGACCUGGGACCAAGCUCGCCAACACUGUCAAAGUAAUUUCACUGAUCUGGUUAGCGUUCCCAGUGAAGAGGAAAUGAAGGCAGUCAAGGCACUGUACAAGAUCACAGAUUACUCGUUUUGGCUGGGUCUACAUAAAAACACAGUAAACUUGUCUUGGGAAUGGUCAACAGGCGAGGCCUUUCAAUACAAAAACUGGGCGAGUAAGGAACCAGCUGCUAACGGAGAGUGUGGAGCCAUAAAUCCCAAUGGAUUUUGGGAAACCAGACCUUGUGAUGACCUUGUGAGGUUCAUCUGUUUGGCAGGACCUUCUGCGCAGUGCGGUCAGAGGGAGUACUUCCUGGUUCACACAGUGAAGAAUGCGGACGAAGCCAGAGAACACUGCAGAUCUCUGUACACAGACCUGGUGAGCAUCACAAGCCAAGACGUGCUCCUGGAUAUCGAACAGCUGAUGAACAAAACCACUUCCAAUAUCGACUACUGGAUAGGACUGAGGAGGGACGGUGGGUCUUGGGGCUGGGGAAACGGGGAAACUUUCAACUACAGCCACUGGGGAGAAGAACAGCCAAAGAGCGAUGGAACCUGUGUGACCUCUCAAUUGAAUUUUGGGGCAUGGCAGGUGAACGACUGCACUGACGAAAACAACUUCAUCUGUUACAAAGAUCUACAGGACACCACCACUGUUCAGUCUGGCUCUACGAGAUCUCCAACCACCCAGCCAGCCGCUUCCCAAACACCAGAUGGAGGAGAACAAUCCCAGCAGCCUUCCACGAUGGGCGGCACCUCUCCUCAAGCCAGCUCCCCUUCACACUCCAACUCCUGGCUCCCUGGCACUUCACCCGCAGUAACAGGCACUCCAGUUCCUGAGGAGCUCCACCUGAUCUCUGACAGUAUGGUCUGGCCGGAGGCUUGGCAGUACUGCAGGGAUCACUACACUGACCUAGUGAGCCUCACAAGCCUGGCUGCACAGAACAGAGUGUCGGAGCUCGUCAGGAACAGCACUGCGUCGCGAUUCUGGAUCGGCCUGCACAGAACCGUUGUGUAUGAUAAAUGGUACUGGGUUGCUGGUAAGGAUAAGAGGGCCCCCCUAAACUACACUAACUGGGCCCCUGGGGAGCCCAACAAUCCUUACUAUGAGCACUGUGGGGAGAUGGUGCUGGGGGAGGAGGGGGGGGCUGAGUGGAAUGAUCUGUGCUGCUAUGAAAAGCUCCCCUUUAUCUGUUUCAAAGGUUAAAAACACAUCUGAAAGGUUUUAUAGCACUGCUUCUCAAACAUUCUAUAGUAUAAAGUCACUUUAGUCUAAAAAAAAGUGAUUUACAAAAACGUUCUAGAAAUAUCUGAGUCUAAAUUUUAUUGUAUAAACGUAGCAUGCGUGAACAAUAAAGCAAAACAAAAUCUUGUAACUUGCAAUGCCAGAGUCCUGUAGAUGAUAAUAAUGUGUAGCAAUCUUAAAGGGGCAAUAAUUACUUAAGGAAAGACUCCUCAAUACUGAUUGUGAGGAAGUGAGGUGGGGAAGCAUAAUAGUGUUGCACAGGCUUCAGUGCACAAUGUUUGUCUUAUGGGGUUCAUGGCACAGCGCAACACUAAUAUGAUUCCCCUCCUCACUUCCUCACAAUCAGCAUUGAGGCGUCUUUUCAGAAGCUGCUGUUCACUUGUUUUUCUUUUAGUUCAGGAUACGCAGCUAUUUAAAAUGCCAGGCUGUAGAUAAACUGCUGCAUCCUGGUACCUGUGCUGUAGGUCACUGGGUCUGAUUGAGGCCUGACCAUUGGAGAGAGUUUGAACUGCAAUACAUGGACUGAUCAGCUACCAGGAAGCAGCAGCAACUUGGUUUAAAUUAUUAUUAUUAUUAUUAUUAUUAUUAUUAUUAUUAUUAUUAUUAUUAUUAACACUUUCUUUUAAAUAUCUACAUAUCACAAACACAAGCAAAGAACCAAAAGAUCUUCAAAAUGAGGAAAUGGACCAAUGAUCCUAUUGCUGGGGAUAUUAAGAUAUAAGAACUUGGAUUUUAAACCUUGGUCAGCAUCCUAUAGGAUGUAUUGUUAAGAGGGAAGUAGAGAGGGUGAAAGGGUCUUAUUUAAUAUUUUUUAAUUUCUGCUUUUUGCCUUUAAAAAAAAAAGAUUCUAUAAUAUUUAAGUAGGAUUUACACAUUUAAGUAAUGCUUACAUAUGUCAGUAGUAUUUUAAACGUUUUAACUUGUUAAAUUAGUUUUUACAUAUUUAAAAAGGUGUGUCUGUAGUUGGGUCCUGGAUAUUGUCAUCAGCACCAGUAUAACAAAAUCAAAAUAAAACAUUUAUUUUCCUGUUUGCACUUUUGUGUUGCUUCAUUGAGCUACAGCAGAGCGGGCAUUCUUACCCCCCUGCUGCUGCAGGUAGUCGCAGGAGUGUGUCUGUUUAGAGAACAUUAGAGUGACAGAAGGAGGGAGGGAGGAAGCUUGUGUGCAUGUCUGCCUGCAACUGAAACUACCUGCCUCUAGGGAAUAUACCCAAACUGGACAGCUAACAGGGCCUGGUUUCUGAUGAUGCAGAUUGCACCUAAUGCUACUCUGUGGAUGAAUGUAGUUAAUAGGUACACUGUAAUCAAAACAGAAACUUUGUUAUAUGAGUGAGUCUCUUCUGUCUAUUUAUAUUCUGUAUUGCUGAAUAUAUUGAUAGUCUGGAUUUUUUG